AUGACCUACCGUGGCAACUUUUGUUGAUAAAUAAUAUAAGCACACGAAAUUAUUGCUAUAAACUUUAAAAAUUAAUAACAAAUAUUCAUUCUUUAUAAAUAUUAGUUGCUUCUGAUAAUAUUAAAGUCAUGAGGAAUUGGAAUAAAUAAAAACAUGUGUACACUAUUAUUAACUUCAACGAUGGAGACCAAAGUCACGAGUAAAACGAGUAGUUUGAAAGCUUUAAUACUUCGUGCAUGGCGAGAACGUUGGAGUGAUUUGCAAUGGGGAAUCAACAUAAAAACUAUCCUACCAAGAGGCGUAAGUGGAGAUGUUUAUAACUUAGCAGAUUGUAUUCUCCAACAAGCACUUGUUGGUCCUGGACCUAAUCAACUUGUGCUAUCGUAUUUGAAACAUUCACUUAGUUCUCAGUUAGUCUCAUAUGCAGCUGUUCUACAACGAAUAAGCAAGUAUGAUGCUUUUCAUAAGCCUCAUUGCAUUAUCUGUCUCCUCGAGUUUCUAGAUUCAAUUAUUGUAGGCAUCACUUGUCGUGGAAAACCUGAAGAAGACCUUCUAGCAAAUGCAGUUCUAUCCAUAGUUGAUUGGUUACUUCAAUGUUAUCUUUAUAAUCUCACCAAAAUGCCUCAAAAUAAUACUUUGAUCAGCCAGCCAUUAGAUCUUAUCGAAAAGCCUGCUAGUAUAUUGAAACAAAUGUUAAGUUCGGAUUUUCUUUGUGCAAUGAUGUAUCUUGCCAAGUAUGAUGAUAAAGAUUUAUACCUUGAAGUGGUGAAAAAGUGCCAAGAAAUUGAAUUAACUCAUAAAACAAAUAAUAUUAGAUCACCAGCAUUGAUUGAUGAGUCAUUGAAGAAAUUAUCUAACCUGGACAUUGAAACAGUUUCUCCUAAUUUAUCAAAUAUUCCAAUGGAGUCAAUAACGUAUUGUUUACAACCUUUAUUUGCUGUUCAAGUUCUUUUAAACCCCAGCACUGAAACGACUGUGUUCGUAAAUCAACUUCUAAUGAUUAAACGGUUAAAAGGAUAUACAAAUGCUAGACUUUAUUGUGAAAUUAUCAGAGCUUGUUUGAUGUGUUUACAUAACGUUACUGGAACAUUCAAAGAAUCUCAAUGGGGUGCAGUAACAUUUCUGAAAAUACCUUUUAUUCUUAAAGAGCUUCAUGUAGCUUCAUUGAAUGCAUCAGGUCAAGAAGAUAGAUUUGAAUAUUCACAAGAUAUUGUUGAUGCAUUCGAAUUACUCCUACAAUUCACUCCACUUCUAGAUAUCAUGGAUGCUACUUGUUCUUGUAAUAGUGUUGAAUGUUUACUCAAUGAACUGCAUAAAGUUAAUCUUGUCAGUGAGCGACAUGUAAAACAAAUAAGUAGUAGAAGAGAAGGAGUUGCAGCAGCUUUACAACAAUUAGAAUCUUCGAGCUCUCCUACAUCAUCUAUAAUGAAAGUAAUUGUUAGAGCAGAACCAACACUUGCUGGAAUUCUUAAAACACUCAAUGCGGAUUACACGAAAAUUCAAGAAGCUUUAUUGAGUAUGCUUUGUCAAGUUUUAAAUGGUAAAAGUUUAGAUCUCAUGCUUGCUGUAGCAACCGUUGAAGGACAAUUGAAGAAUUUUGUCACCAAAUUGAUUAAGUUUAAUGAAUGCAGCAAACAAAUUAAUGAACCGGUUCCUGGAAAAACAGCAGCAACUCGAGCAAUGUUAUUUGAUAUUUCAUUUUUAAUUCUUUGUUUUAUUGUGCAAACAUAUGGAUCAGACAUAGUUCUAGAAGAAAAUGGAGAUUCAUUUUUUGAGCAAUGGGUACGUGAGUGCAUGCCUGAAAAAGAUAAGCCAAAAUCUCCACAAAAGAUGGUACAAAAUAUUGAUCAAGCUAAACUUGAUAGUUUACUUGCUCAAAUAAAAUCUUCUGAGUUAGAUUUAAAAUCUGGUAAUGUAAAAUGGCAUAUCACGUGUCAAAGUGCAAUGGGAGCAGUCAAAGAGCUUUUAUUUGCUUGGGAAUCAGGUGCUCUUGGAGCUGGUGAUGUUAAACGUGCCUUGGAUAAUCUUCGAUCAGCCGCGUGUUGUCUUCCAGUUUGUGCUGCAGCAUGGUUAUGUGCACAUAUGAGUAUUACACAUCAAGAUGCCUUACUAAAGCCUAUGAAUAUGGUUCAGCAGUUUAUAACGCCAUUGCCAACCGACGAGAUGCAAGAUAACUUCAAGCAUGACACUUGUAGUCUUAUGUUCCAGAUUAUUCGAAAAAUGCAGUAUGAUAUUCAUCCACCAACUCAGUCCAAAACCAAAGCAUUGUCUAUGUCUCAUAAUAUAAUCUCACGACAACCAAUAUUAGAACAAUUGAAAUCAAUUUGGCAAGACAUUCAGCAGAGAAGUUGGGUAAAUAUUCAAGCAACUCAUACUCUAGAAUCACUUCUUAAUACUGGUGGAUCGUUGUGGUUUGUUUCGAAUCUUGUAAGGGAAGCAUUAAAAUAUCGUUAUCAAGAACAACUGGAUCAAGCUAUUGAUCUUGUGUUUGCUAUUUUUCACUUAGACAUUGAAAAUUGUACAUUAGAUCUUAUUAAUCACGUUCUGCCGGAAUAUCUCUAUAAUUCUCUUCAAAACGAUCAGCUGGUAGAACCGCAAUCGUCUCAAUUGGCAAAGCUUUGUGUUUAUUGUAUUCUUUCAACAUUGGAGUAUAAUAAUUCAAAUCCUCCGAGAGGGAAUAGUAGAAAACGAACGAGAAGAGACUUUGAGUCUGAAGAGAUGGAGGCGCUUUGUGGUCCUGCAAAUAAGCUUUUAAGACUUAAUGAAACUGGAGAUACAAAUCCUAUUUUCGGAUCUAAUUCAUCUCCUCAAGCACAAGGAAGUGCCAAUGGUCACAAAUCUGUUGUUUUAAGAGAUCCACUUCUGACUGCACUUAAUGGACUUUUUAAAACAUUUAACUACCUCGCUGCUCGCGACGGCCAAGUGUCUCAGCAGACUCAUUUUAUUCUUCAGUUCUUAAAACUCAUGGUUCAGUGUGGAAAAGAUAGAACGCGUGUUGUUCUUCAAGGACUCCCACAAACUUUGGUACCUUGUUUAUUGAAAGCACUACCUGAAUUAUUCACAACCGAUUUGGUACUCAGGUUGUACGAUAUUCAGACUACGCCAGGAAGAAAAGUAACUGCAAGAGAUUUGUGUAUGUUACGAAAUAUUAAUUUGAAACCGAUCAAAUGAAGAAAAUUACUAUCAUAGCAUUUAGGUAUUAUUAACCUUUUACAACAAAAUUAUUAAUUUAAUCUUUCAAUUCCAUUAUAUAAUGGCUUAUUUAAGUAGAUAUAAUUUACUUAUCUAAAUAAAGUUAAAAAAAUGCAAUCGAAUUUUUGAAUAAAAAGUAUCAACUUUUAUAGAGUGUUAUAAAUUUUGAAAAAAAGUUCUUUACUUUUUCUUUAGUAAAUUAAUGUAAGGCCAAUACUUUAAUUAUUGAUUUUCAUAUAUUUUGUAUAUUAUCAUUGAAAAUAAUGCUACAUUUAAGUGUUAAUAAUAGGUAU